AUGGUGCCAAAGGAUGUUGUCCAAAGCAUCCACUCCAGCUACUGGCUGCUCGUCGGAGGCCCCUUGCCACGGCACUUGGUGGAACGAGGCAUGGGCUAUGAGUUCAACCUGCAAGUCAUCUUCAUCCGCUUGGCGUUCCGCAUGGUGGUCUUCGGAAUUGGAGCCACGAUCCUCGCACUGACAGGCCGUCGCCUUUGGCAUCGCUACCGGGCACCACCGGAAGAGACUGCCUCCAGCCCAACUGCUUGA